AUGCAAGUGCAAAACCAGAAUCAAGCGACCCAAGAAGUCAAAUCCAAUGUUUGGGAUUGUGAAAGUGGCCUCUACGAUUCCCACGAGCUCAAAUCAUUCAACGAAAAGAUUGAUUCCGCCAUUGCUUCUAGAACCGUCUCCAUGCCCCACUUAUCGGUGCCCUCCCGUCGGUCAUCCCCGCGAAAAUCAUCGAUGAUCUCUCGCUCACUUCAAAAACUCCUUCGUCUCGUGUUCGGGGCGAAACCCACGUCCGGUACGUUUGUCCAAGUAGACGGGUGCUCGGAAUUUGGGUUUUACCAGGGAGGAGUUCUGCCGACGAUUCCCGAGGUUUGGGAGAAGGGCGUUGACUCGGCCGGAACGUCGCCGGAAUUCAACUCCAUUGUCAGGAAAACCGGAUCCGAACGCUACACGGGCACCGCCUUCGGUAUCUCCCAAGUUUGA